GAGAAACGACUCUGUCUACAUAAACCCCCCUCUAAGCAUUAAACCCGAACUCAUCAUCAUUCACUCUUUUCUCUCAGUUGAUUCACUCUCUUGUCCAUGUCCAUCACACGGGAAGCUCAAGCUCAAGCUGAAGCUGAAGCCACUGCACCCGGCCCAUCAACCAAACGGGGCUCCAGGAAGCGUGCCCGUGACCCUGAUUCGGCAUUCCGUGGGGUGCGCAAACGCAGCUGGGGACGCUACGUUUCGGAGAUAAGGUUGCCGGGUCAGAAAACCCGGAUAUGGCUCGGUUCAUUCGGGUCGGCGGAGAUGGCGGCUCGAGCAUAUGACUCAGCGGCUUUCUUCUUGAAAGGAAGCUCUGCUAACCUUAAUUUCCCACACCUGGUUGAGUCGCUACCUCGUCCUCUGUCUUCAUCAAGGAGAGACAUUCAAUCGGCGGCUGCAAAAGCGGCUCUGGAGCUGGUUCAGGAACGGAGCCAACACCAGGCUCCGCCACGCUCUUCUUCUUCUGCAAAAACAGAUUCCGUGGAUUGGUGGGAUCAUUUAGGAGAAGACUCCAUUUGGACGACGUCGUUUGAGGAUGUGAAAGAAGCUCCUCUUAUGAGUCCCCUUAGGAUAGAGUCCUCUCUUGGAGAAUUGACAUGGAACGAAGUAUUAAAUUUCAAUGAUGAGAUUCUCAUGAAUACGAUGGCAUCAACAACACCCACCCUUUUUUAGUCUCUCUAUUUUGUCUUUCUCUUUUUUGUCCCUUAACCUUUGUGCCAGCCAGUUUGGCAAUUGGUUGUAGAAACUGUAUAAAUUCAUAGACAAUCACUGUCGUGCCCUCUUUUCUUUUGGGUAAAUGUAGUUUCCUG